GCUGGGGGAGGAGUUGAUCAAAUUCUGUUGUGUGCAUAUACAAACAUGUCGGUAAUGAAUUUUACUGUUAUGUAUAAUCAUAUAACACCAAUAAAGAAAUUUAAAAUUUUUUUAUAAAGGAUAACGCUAUGAGGAAAGCCACUUAGAAAAAUGGAAAAGGGAAUUCUGGUAAGGCAUGCUGCGGCCAUGCCUGAGUUUGUGUUCAUGUUUUCAGUAGGGUAAGCAGACAAGGCAUCUCUGAAAACAACAAUUGCACAGAGACCUGAAGGAAAUGAGAGAGCAGUAUCCAUGCCCAUAUCUGGGGGCAGCAUGUUCCUUAUUUUAGGAAGUCCUUAGCUAGUUUUCCUCUCUUUCUAUACACCCUAAGUGUUUUCAUCCUGUCUCAUGACUUUAACACUUUCUGUCCCCUGGUGACUCCAACCAAGAUCAUUCCCAACUCUGUCUGGUGUGUUCAAGUGUUUGUGGGGCCCCUCACUGGGAUGUCUAAUACACACAGCUGAAACCAAGCCCCCCCAUUCCCCUUCUGCCUGCAAUCUGCUCUUCCGGUAGUUUCUUGCUCCCUCAGCAACCCAUCCUUUCUUCUCUUCAAGUCAAAUAUCUUGUACCUGUAUUGUACAUUGCAAAAAGGUAGAAGAAAGGAUUUUGGAAGUGUUUACCAUAAAGAAAUGAUAAAUGUUCAAGUAGGUAAAUAUGUUUAACCUGAUUUAAACAUGACAUAGUAUGUACAUUAUUGCAUGUUACAUGCCGCUCUAUUAAUAUGGACAGUUUUAUGGCUUUUAUGUAUCAGUUAAAAAGAAAAAAGAAAAAUCAUAGAAAAUAAGAUCAAAAAACAAUGAAAAUAAUGUUGGCUUUAUCUGACUUCUCUCAAACCCUAUAUCUAAUCUAUCAGCUAGAGCAUGAGGUACUUAUACUGAGAAGAACUAAAAAAGGAGAAAACUUGGAGAAGUUAAAUGAAGAAGAUGAGGUAAAAUAGAAAGUUGAGCAGUAAUAGAAGUAACUGUGGGGUAGUAUUUGGUAGAAUAAAGAAAGCCAAAGCUAAGGGUAUGUGAGUUCAGGAACCUCGGGUUUGUGUGAGUUCAGGAACUCGUGUUGAUAUGAAGUCACAUCUUCAAUCAUGUUUCUAUAAAAGAGCUAAACUUUCAGAGUGAUCCAAAAUAUAUGUUUUAAUAUGUCUCAGUAUCAGUGUUAGUUGGCAGAAUAAGCCUGCAGUCCCAUGAAUUAGAAAGAUACUAUAGGUACCCAUGGGGAUAUUUUACAUCAAGUUCACCUAAAGUGUUUCCUAUUCUGUGUCUCUGGAAACAUUGUGGGACCUGAGGAGGAAGCUGAAAAAGAAGUCAUAAUAUAAAAAAUAAAACAGUGAACAUUUGAGCCAGUGACAGGAAAACAGACCUCUUUAUAGGCAUAACUGCAAUAAAGUCAAACACUUUGCUAGAACAUCAGGGAAGGAAGAGCCUGAUAAUUUUCUAAGAGAUGGUUAAUAGUUAAGUAUUUCAUCCAAAUUAAUUUGAACAAGAACAAUGAAAAGGAAGUUAGUAGUCAGAAUCCUUCGGUUUCAAUUUGGUAUAAGUUUCCCAGUAUUCAAAUUCUCAGUACAGAAGGUUCUUGCUGUUUUGCUGUAUGGAGUUACUGGAAAUCACAUGCAGAUCACCCAUAAGAAGAAUGGAAUAGGGCCAUAUUUGGGGACAGCAUUCUUCACCAGAGGAUUCAGUAUCAAACCAAGGACAGGUAUAACCAAGAAUAUAAGAAACAUGAUUCCAGUGACAGAAUUCCGGCAGUUCUCUGAGCAGCAGCCUGCCUUCCGGGUGCUGAAGCCAUGGUGGGACGUGUUUACCGAUUACCUGUCCGUGGCCAUGCUGAUGAUCGGUGUAUUUGGAUGUACUUUACAGGUCAUGCAGGACAAGAUAAUCUGCCUUCCGAAAAGAGUGCAGCCUGCUCAGAACCACACUUCCGUUUCGAAUGUGUCUCAAGCCGUUGCCAGUACCACCCCACUGCCUCCACCUAAACCAUCUCCCGGGAACCCUGCCACUGUGGAAAUGAAAGGACUGAAGACAGACUUGGACCUGCAACAGUACAGUUUCAUAAACCAGAUGUGUUAUGAGCGAGCCCUCCACUGGUACGCCAAGUAUUUCCCUUACCUUGUGCUCAUCCAUACCCUGGUCUUCAUGCUCUGCAGCAACUUUUGGUUCAAAUUCCCUGGCUCCAGCUCCAAAAUAGAACAUUUCAUCUCCAUCCUGGGGAAGUGUUUUGACUCUCCCUGGACCACACGGGCUUUAUCUGAAGUGUCUGGGGAGGACUCUGAGGAAAAGGACAACAGGAAGAACAAUAUGAACAGGUCCAACACCACCCAGUCUGGCCCCGAAGGCAGCCUGGUCAACUCUCAGUCUCUAAAGUCAAUCCCUGAGAAGUUUGUGGUUGACAAAUCUACUGCAGGGGCUCUGGAUAAAAAGGAAGGUGAGCAAGCAAAGGCCUUAUUUGAGAAGGUGAAGAAGUUCAGGCUGCAUGUGGAAGAAGGUGAUAUAUUAUAUGCCAUGUAUGUUCGCCAGACUGUACUGAAGGUUAUCAAGUUCCUAAUCAUCAUUGCAUAUAAUAGCGCUCUGGUUUCCAAAGUCCAGUUUACAGUGGACUGUAAUGUUGACAUUCAGGACAUGACUGGAUAUAAAAACUUCUCUUGCAAUCAUACCAUGGCACACUUGUUCUCAAAACUCUCCUUUUGCUACCUAUGCUUUGUAAGUAUCUAUGGAUUGACGUGCCUUUACACCUUAUACUGGCUGUUCUACCGUUCCCUAAGGGAAUACUCCUUUGAGUAUGUCCGCCAGGAGACUGGAAUUGAUGAUAUUCCAGAUGUGAAAAAUGAUUUUGCUUUUAUGCUUCAUAUGAUAGAUCAAUAUGACCCUCUCUAUUCCAAGAGAUUUGCAGUGUUCCUGUCCGAAGUCAGUGAAAACAAAUUGAAGCAGCUGAACUUAAAUAACGAGUGGACUCCUGACAAACUGAGGCAGAAGCUGCAGACAAAUGCCCAUAAUCGACUGGAAUUGCCUCUUAUCAUGCUUUCUGGCCUUCCGGACACUGUUUUUGAAAUCACAGAGUUGCAGUCUCUAAAACUUGAAAUUAUUAAGAAUGUAAUGAUCCCAGCCACCAUUGCACAGCUAGACAAUCUCCAAGAGCUCUCUCUCCACCAGUGUUCUGUCAAAAUCCACAGCGCAGCACUCUCUUUCCUGAAGGAAAACCUCAAGGUUUUGAGCGUCAAGUUUGAUGACAUGAGGGAGCUGCCCCCGUGGAUGUAUGGACUCCGGAAUCUGGAAGAGCUCUACCUGGUUGGAUCUCUAAGUCAUGACAUAUCCAAAAAUAUUACCCUUGAGUCUCUGCGGGAUCUCAAAAGCCUUAAAAUCCUCUCUAUCAAAAGUAACGUCUCCAAAAUCCCUCAGGCAGUGGUGGAUGUUUCCAGCCAUCUCCAAAAGAUGUGCAUCCAUAAUGACGGCACCAAGCUGGUCAUGCUCAACAACUUAAAGAAGAUGACCAAUCUUACAGAGCUGGAACUGGUCCACUGUGACCUGGAGCGCAUUCCCCAUGCCGUGUUCAGCCUGCUCAGCCUCCAGGAACUGGACCUGAAAGAAAACAACCUGAAAUCUAUAGAAGAAAUUGUGAGCUUCCAGCACCUGAGAAAGCUGACAGUGCUGAAACUGUGGCAUAACAGCAUCACCUACAUCCCCGAGCAUAUAAAGAAGCUCACCAGCCUGGAACGACUGUCCUUCAGUCACAAUAAAAUAGAGGUGCUGCCUUCCCACCUCUUCCUAUGCAACAAAAUCCGAUACUUGGACUUAUCCUACAAUGACAUUCGAUUUAUCCCACCUGAAGUUGGAGUUCUACAAAGUUUACAGUAUUUUUCCAUCACUUGUAACAAAGUGGAAAGCCUUCCAGAUGAACUGUACUUCUGCAAGAAACUUAAAACUCUGAAGAUUGGGAAAAACAGCCUGUCUGUACUCUCACCAAAAAUUGGAAAUUUACUGUUUCUUUCCUACUUAGACGUCAAAGGCAAUCACUUUGAGAUCCUCCCUCCAGAACUCGGUGACUGCCGGGCUCUGAAGAGAGCUGGUUUGGUUGUGGAAGAUGCUCUGUUUGAAACUCUGCCUUCUGACGUCCGGGAGCAAAUGAAAGCUGAAUAACUUAUUUUUCAUCAGAGUUUGACUGAAACACGCUUCUACCAAAUACAGUAUAAGUAAUUAGGUAGUCUUAAUGCCUUUCCUAUUUUAUUUUAUUUUUUUUUCUUUUUCACAAUGAAACAAAAUGUACACAAAGAUUGAGUAAGGAGUAUGUAUUUUUUAAUAAAAAUUUAAUUGUAUUUUUUCAAUAUUAAUAUUUUAAAGUUUUAUUUGUCUUGGAACCUAAUGUAUCUAUUAUUGUUUUCUACUGACAGAAACAGAUGGUUCCGUAUGUUUUUUUGGUUUUGUUUUAUUUUUUUCAGUUCAUUCUUGUAAAAGGGAGGGAAAUAUAAAUUGCAUGCACUUUGGCAUAUUUUAAAUGGAUGAAGAUAUCUUGCCAAUGUCAUUUUUAGCCCAUUUGCACCAGUACCGGGUCCCUGUUUUUGUUUUCAUCAUGUCUACACCAAGGAAUCUAUGCUUGUUAGUUUAUUUUUAAUAACAGCUGUCUUCUCCAUUGGCUAAGCCUUUCAUUCUACAGAAAACUUUUCUCCGAAGUAUAAAUUCACUGAAGUCCUUUGUCAGGGUAUUAGUUUUAAAAUUUGCCCCUGAAUUGUAUUAUUUCAUAUACCGACAGUGACAAUUAUCCUCAGACAAGGAUUUUGUAAGUUCAUAAAGAAAGCAAUCCUUACUGGUUGGCAUGCUUGAAUUGGUGAUUUAUAAUUCAACUGAUUUGUGUUUUUACCAACCUUUUUAAAAAAAAACAUUUUAAAACUAAAUACAAAAGCACCUCCAUGCUAUAAUUUCAACAUUGCUAUGCAGUACUGGUGAAGAGCCCUAGAGAAAUUAGAUUUAUUUUAACAUCCUAAUAGAUAAUUAAAUUUAAAAAUCAUAGACUUAGAAGCCUGUUUUUUGAGUAAUUUAAUCAUCUUUGAUAUCUUGAUAAGCAGAUGCAUCAGAUGGAAAAAAAAAAAGCAAGCACUCUGUUGAAGAGCUGGUAUAUUCCAUUCAGCUCUCCUUUCCUCUAGGCACUGUGGCAGGGAUAAGCUAUUCAAAUCCUGCCUGUUUCACAAAAUAAUCCACUUCUAUAUAUAUGAAUACAUAUGUAUAUUUAUUGAUUUCCCACAAGCCUGCUAGUGGUACAGCACAGAAACUCUGUCUGCUCUCUGGCUUAAAAUACAUAUCUCAUCUAAAAUGGUUCUGUUAACUUUUUUUUUUUAGAAGUGUGAAUAAAGUGCUAAGUGGUAUCACUUAGCAAGAAGUUUUGCCUGCCGAUCAGCAGAGCUUUUAUUUACCUUUGUACUUAAAAUCCAACAUAAUAUGGGGAUUUGGGCUAAAUAUUUCCCUGGCUGACCCGAUAAAGCUUUGUAACUUAAUAACAAAAGAAAGUAGGAAGAUGGUUUGGGAUUUUAAAAUGCUGUUUUUAAAAAUGGCUCCUUGAUCCUGGUGAAUUUGCCCGAUUCUACUUUGCGCUGUGUACAAGAGGCAGCUAUGGUGACUGCUGGGCAGACACGUGUACCUCGGUUGUGUUUUAAACAUUCAGAUACAUCAGGGGGUGGAGGAUUAAAGGGAAAAAUACAUUUUACUUGUUUAAUAAUCCAAUAACAGAGACCAAGAGCUUCACAUUUUCUGUUCUGUGUUGAAGUUUCAGAAUGUGAUUUUGUGGAGCUGAUUUAUUUAGACCUGAAGUUAAAAUAAUGAUGUUUUAGAAUAGUAACGUGGUGUAGUUCUUAUAUGAUAAAAUAUUCAAUUCCAGAAUAUUGGGAUCCCAAAUAUGAACACUGUAUUGUAUUUAGAAACAUAGUCCUGUUUGUUUUAAACAAGGAGUUUGUUGGCAGAUUGUCCAUGGUUGAGCAUGACUGAAAUACCCUGUUGAAAAGUAAGCUUAGACACCUGAUGGCAGAACACUUGUGUGCACUGUUUUUCUUGAUUGACAUGUAUGGUUAUUAUCUCUAUCACCCUUCAAAAUGGAUCUAUUCAGGUUAAAAUUAUAUUUAUGCUGAACUAGUAAUAACUAGCAACCUCAUAUGGAUUCCUCAGUGAAAUAAGUCACUAAUAAUUGGCUUUUGUCACUUGCUCAAAAUUCCAAAAGAAUUUGAUUUGUUUUCUUAAAGAUUUUGCAAGCUGAUUCCCAACUUAAGUUGUAAAUAAUGCUCAGAAGAUCAGCAUAGGUCCACAACUUUUAUGUUUUAACUAAAGGGAAAUUCAUAGAUCUUUCUAUUAGAUUUUAUAAAAAUCAAAAAUCUAAAUUUUCUGACUCUGGCCCUUUUAAUAUUAUAAGAUUUUGUUCACAUUCUUAGGUAAAAGCAUUCAAUUACUUACUAUUUAGCCUUUAAAUGGGAAACUCAGGUAAAUGAACUGCUGACUUUUUCUAAAGUUCUUUAACUGAUCAACUCAGUGGACAGAAGUAUUUACCUAAUCACUUUCUGUGUUUUCCAAGUGCUCUUGCUAAAAAGGACAACUAGCUAUCUUUCUCUGGCCUCAAUAGAAUUCGCGAGUAACUGCUGUGUAAAUAUUUAAAAAAAAAAAAAAAAAAGCAUUUUACAUAUUAUCAACUCCAGUGGCUGCUUGAAUCUCAUGCUGGGUAAGCUUUUUUUUGGUGAGUUUUAUUGUUGAAAUGCAGAGUAAAAAUAAUUGGUGGUCUGGUUGGAAAAAAUGCAUCCCAGUGGAACCCCCCUCAGAACACCGUGCCUCAGAAAGCUAUUCUAUCUUCUUCUUAUGUGUUGGGUUUGUUUUGCUUUUGAUGCAGCAUUUUUAAUGUCCUGGUUUUUGAUACAGUAGAAUCUGUUAUUUACAGUGAUAAAAUUUUCUUAGUGCUCACCUCUCUUUCCCUGUCACUGUAUUUUCCAGCUAUUUUAAUGACUCCUAACAGUUUACGAGGUAUCUUGUGUGGCAGGCACUGCUUUCUCAGAAAAGCUGGGAAGAGAUGCCUAUUGCAAGUAUGUACUCAUUUCUAGGCGCCUCCUUACCUGUAUCUCAAACCUGUUUGUAGAAGGGUCUUAACAACCUGAGUCUUCCUUGAGUUACUUGGAAUAAAGAAGUCCAAGUUCUUACAAUACACUAUUUUAUGAUUUCUGAUGUUAAAAAAGAAAAAAACAAAAUCUUUAUCUCUUAAGAUGUCUCCUAGUAGGGUUUUACUGUUGUUUAUAUUCUACUAUAAGUGAAGUCCAUUCUUAAAGUAAUUUAUUUUACUCUCUAAUUUAAUUUUAUACCAAAUACCUGAUUAGUCAUCAUGAUAUAUUUAUUUAAACAAUAAGCAUUUAUGAUCCAUCAUUAUGAACACUGUCAGCAGUAUUUAGUAGUGAACAGAUAAAUGUCAACAUAAUUUCAAUUCAUUUUUCAAGCAUAAAUUAAGAUUCAGUUAACAUUCUCCUUUGAAUCCUGAAUGUGAUGAUGCUCUUCAAAUAUUUCACCUUUGGGGUAGGAUCUCAAUAAAUUUGGAUAGGGUUAACCUCAAGUUAGCAAAACAAAUGAACAAAACAGCAUAAUUAGGGGGGAAUAGACUGCCUAAAGGGUCUAUACAAUUUUCUCUCUUUUCUUAUCUACUUAGAAACAUGGUAAGAGAACUUGGGUGGCCUUGAUCAGAACAUGACUUGCUGUAAAUUUUUCAGAUCAGGUCCCACUACCAUGCUUCUGACACUUUCCUGCCUUCCAAAUUAGUAUCCACUCUUAUUCUGUCUUCUCAGAGUCAUUCAUUGAUGAAGAUGGCAUACUUGCAUUCAUUUUGGAGAGACAGGAAGAUCUACCCAUGUCACAAGAAAUUUUUUUUAAUCAGAAGAAUUUGACAUGGGGUAUCUAACUUUGGACAAUUUGAUUUCUUGGCCAUGUCAAGUAACAGGCUCUGUGCAUGGAUUUUAAUGUUGUUUGAAUUUGCCUCCUUCUGAAUACUUCUCUCCUACCUUACUUUGCUUCUUUAGUGCGUAUUUUUAUUGGGGUUGAAACUCCAUGCCUUAUGUGCCACUCAUCUCCUCACUGUCUAUAAGUGUUCAGAUUGUGUCAACUACUGGCAAAACUUCUAAGACUGUCAAGAAAAAGGCUUGAAAGUUGACUUGUCAUAAUACAAAUUCAUGAUAAAAUGUCUUAAUGUUAUUUGGCUAUGUAGUACAUAGGAACAGAAAAUAACUUAAAUAAAGUCAUUUUUGUAAGUUAA